GAGAGAGAGAGAGAGGAGAGAGGAGAGAGGAGAGAGAGAGAGAGAGACAGAGAGAGAGUUUCUUGCAUGUGUGUUUGAAACAAUGGUGCUUCUUGGCAUUGUCCUCUGUCUAUUGGUGAUUUGCGGUGGCUUGCUUAGAUGGAACGAAGUGAGGCACCGGCAGAAGGGUCUACCUCCGGGGACGAUGGGGUGGCCUGUCAUAGGCGAGACCUUGGAGUUCCUUAAACAGGGUCCCUCUUUCUUGAAGAACCAGAAAGCCCGGUAUGGGAAUCUGUUCAGAACGCAUAUAUUAGGUUCUCCUACAGUGAUAUGCACGGAACCAGAAAUUAAUAAGUACGUCCUGAUGAAUGAAAACAAGGGCCUGUUGCCUGGAUAUCCGCAAUCGUUGACCAAUAUAAUGGGGAAGUGGAACGUGGCGGCACUACAUGGUCCCCAACACAAGGCCAUGAGGAGUGCUAUGAUCGCUCUUGUCGGUCCCACAGCCAUCAGGGACCAACUCCUCCCCAAGAUUGAUGAAUUCAUGAGAUCCUACCUUUGUCACUGGAAUAACAGAGUUAUUGACAUUCAGGAGGAAUCCAAGGAGCUGUGGUUGAACUCAGUGUUGAAGCUGAUUGCCGGCAUUGACAUAGUUCCACUGGCCAAGUCUCUCAAAUUUGAUUUCAUCAAGCUUGUCCAUGGAACCAUUUCCUUACCUUUCAACUUUCCUGGCACAAACUAUCAUCGCGGACUCCAGGCCAGAAAAAGGGUGGAUAGCAUAUUGGAAAAACUUAUAGAGAAGAGAAGAGCCUCUCCUGGAGAAUCCCAACAUGACAUCCUUGAUGCCCUCCUGAACACUAACGAUACAAGCAAACCAAAUCUUACAGAUGAACAGAUUGUUGAUGUCGUCCUUACACUCAUAUAUACCGGUUUCGAAACUGUUUCGACUACUUUAAUGAUGACUGUCAAGUACCUCCAUGAUCAUCCCGAAGCUCUUGAAGAAUUGAGGAAUGAACAAUCUGCCAUCAGGAAGAGGAAGAAGUCGCCAAAUGAAGCGAUCGACUGGAACGACUACAAAUCAAUGAAUUUUACUCGUGCGGUCAUAUUUGAAACAUUGAGAUUGGCAACUGUUGUUAAUGGAGUGCUAAGAAAAACAACCCAGGAGACGAAAUUGGAAGGAAAUAGCAUUCCCAAGGACUGGAGAAUCUAUGUCUAUCUUAGAGAGCAGAACUAUGAUCCCGUUGUGUAUCCAGAACCACUUAAAUUCAAUCCUUGGAGAUGGAUGGACCAGAACCUGGAGGCCAACAAUCUAUUUAUGCAAUUUGGAUUAGGUACCAGGGUGUGCCUCGGAAAGGAACUAGGAAUUGUAGAAAUAUCAGUAUUUCUUCAUUACUUUGCAACCAUGUACAGAUGGGAAGAAGUUGGAGAAGUCAAAAUACUGAAUUUUCCAAGAGUAGAAGCACCCAAUGGGUUUCAAAUAUUUGUAUCAAAUACAAUAAGUUGACAUUGGGAGAUGAGCUAUCAAUAAAGGCCAUACUAUGACUUCUCAUAUUGUAUUGCAGCCAAUGAAUUAUAAUAAAGCUAUAAAUUCUUCUAGGGCCGAAGGAGAAUAUAAAUAGAUAAAUAUAUUAUACAGAAGGGGUGACCACCAUGUGACCGUGAGAUCAUUAGUUUGA